AUGGCAAAGAAAAAGAUGAAGACGCCGAUUGAUCGUGUUCCCAGACAUUCUCAACAGCCUAGAAGUUCGCCGCCUAAACGCCGCACUGAUUUCUCGUUUUUCAAUCGGGCUCCUCCUUCUUUUUCCAACUUUGCUAUUGAUUCCUCGCCUGGUUCAUCUUCUGACGAAGUGAGAUUGUCCAAUGUCACUGCAAGCAGUUCACUAGAGAGAAGAAUGAUGGUUAAACAAUUUUAUAAAGAAGCACUGGUUCGAUGCAGCAAGUACCAAGAGGGUAGACCCGUAUGUUCAUCUGAGUCUUUUGAUGUUUCAGUUGCAGAAUUGGAUUCAGUUGACCUUUGCGGCAAUAGGGAUGCUUGUAUUAAGACGUCAGAAUCUACACCUCGGGAAUCAUCUGUAAGUGAUAAUUGUUCUCCUGCUGUAACCCCUGGAAAUGUCGUAUGGGCAAGAACUACUUGUAAAAUGUGGUGGCCUGCUGAGGUCAUGGAAGAAAAAUGUGCAUUAACUGACUGUGUUAGUGAUGGACAUGUUUUAGUGCAGUUUUAUGGAAAUUAUCCCAGUGCUUGGAUUGAUCCAGCGACAGAUGUUUCAAUUUUUGAGGAUUCUUUUGAAGAAAGGAGCAAUAACCCUUCAAAUGAUUUUCAAGUUGCUCUAAAGCAAGCCCUGCAAAGGAAGACACAACUUAGUUCUUGCCAAAAUUUGAGUCCCGAUAGGUCUACUCACUCUACUCAGCAUGAUCGUUCAGCUGGUAAAUAUACAUCGCCUAGCUCAAGCAGAACUAUCAACGAAUUUCAAGAGAGACGUAGGGGAAAAAGAGAACGUAAACCCAAAGUUCAUUUUGAUGAGGUCAUAUAUCCAAUGAAAUCAGAAAAGAAGGACCGUCGGUUAAAGAUAAUGCGGUACCUCGGUCUUGCACCUCCAGUUGGUUCUCCUUUUUGA